AUGCACUCGCACGCACGGCCCCGUCUCCCCGCGGACAGACAUUUUCGCUUUCUUGUUCUUUACAGGACGCUUCGGUACGUUCCUGAAAGCUCCCAGGACAAAAUAAUCCCCGAUGAAGACGUCUUAGAAACGCUGGUGAAAGUAUUUACAGCGCUGCUUGUGAACGACUUGGGCAGGCAGGUGCCGGCGCUGUCGCUGCUGCCCACCGUUGGGCGGAGGUACGCGCAGUUACGGGCCGCCGAGCUGCAGCCGGACGCUGCGAGUUCGCGGAGCCGCCAGAGCCGGCAGGUGCUGCUCAGCCCGGAGGAGGUCCUGUUUCGGACGCUGGGGUUCAGCGUCACUCGGGACCGGAGCUCCCUGCCUUCUGCCGGGACCGGAGUCUUCGUUAGCAAAGGCUUUGUGCCGAAAGGGGCGGUUGUGGCCAUGUAUCCCGGUACAGUGUACAGAAAGCACGAGCCAAUCUUUUUCCAGUCGCUUGGCAAUCCGUUUAUUUUUAGGUGCAUCGAUGGUAUUCUUAUUGAUGGGAAUGAUAAAGGACUGUCAAGAUCAGUGUACAGAUCUUGCAGCUGGAGGGAUCAGCUUGGCCCCUUUCAGAUGAGCGAUGUGAGCUGGCUCACGGCUGCUCCACAGAACCCACUGGCAGUGGGACAGUAUGUGAACAACUGCUCCUACGAAAAAGCAGCCAAUGUAUGUUAUCAGGAGUUUGAUGUGCCAGGACAUUUUCCUGUAGAACUGAAACAGUAUCUUCCAAACAUCGUCUACAGCCACGAGAUAGAGAGCCACCUGAGGUGUGUAGUGCUUGUCACUCUCAGAGACAUCAAGCAAGGAGAAGAACUUUUUUCUAAUUACUACACUAUUGUCAAUUGAAGUAAUAAAUUUUGAACUGUCAGUAAAA